CCUUCCACCUUCACUUACCGUAGAUUAUUUAUAGACACAUGGGUGGUAUGUCGUACUUAUUUACUGCUCUUGUACGUAUUUACAGUUGCCAAAAAUAUUUAAUGCCAAAAAAGUCACCCUUGAUUCAGUGCAUAAUAUUAUCUGUAUUCUGUAGAUUUGAACCUGGUGUGGACUACUGUUGAAAAAAAAAGCUGUCUUGUGCUUACUGCAGGACUCUUAUUUACAAUAUGUGCAUAGUUAAAUCCUUUUAACACAUUUAUUACAGUUGCCCCUACUCUUCCAUACCUGUAUAUUGCGAUGAUUUAUAAUCCUUAAAUGUACUGUAAAAUAAACAACAGUCAGUUUAUCCUACAGGAAAUGACGGCUGUCAUCCAUUACUUGUAGCAGCUGCACUGUACAUGAACACACCGAGACCGCAAGUCUUUCCUCUGCCUGCUCAGUUCCAUUUCUCUUCAGGAAACGUUUACUUGGUGAAAAACCCUAUGUUAGUGCAUGUGCGUGUGCGUGUGUGUGUUUUUCCUUUUCGCACUCUCACUGAGCCCAACAUGAGCUGUUCAGUUUUUUUGCCCCUGAAGUUUCCAGUCCCCAUGGAAGGUGUCUAAUGUAAAUGUCAGCACUGUAUAUCAAUGGUGUAACUGUCUGUACACCUUCAGAACGCCUUUUAUUUCCUCUGAAGCAGCUGAGGAGAACAUCUGUCUUGAGCAACAUGAAGCUCAUUUCACAUCACAUACAGCAACGCUCCUCAACAGCUAUGUUGAGUAAUCACCAUUGUCUUGGACGGAGUUAUUGCAAAACUCAGCUUAAACAUAUCUCCUGUGAACGACCAGUGGAACAGAAGAGGCGCAAGCCAAACAGGAUGCAGACCUGCCUGCUGUUUUGUGUGAAGGAUCGUGUAAAGAUGGAGCAAACGCAGCCGGAGACCACCAACAGCAAACUGAGAGAGCUAGCCCUCAAAUGGUUCACCGAGACCCAGGCUCCUCUCAUCCUUCACAAAGGCAACUUUCCUGCCUGGUUCCAGGGCUUCAUCAGCAGAAAGGAUGCAGAAGAUCAUCUGAGAGAUAAAGAAUUGGGCUGUUUCCUUAUUCGCCUCAGUGAUAAAGCCACUGGAUACAUCCUGUCAUAUCGAGGACGCGACCGGUGUCGGCAUUUUGUUAUUAACCAGAAUAAGGAGGGACAGUUUAUUGUGACAGGAGACACUGAAAUGCAUGAUACACUCACCAGCCUGAUUGAGUAUUACAAGGCCAGUCCCAUUGAGCCGUUUGGAGAAUAUUUAACAGUGUCUUGUUGUGAGUUGCCAACAAAUGAUCUCUACGAUGUGGUGCAGUUUGAGCCGAAAGUGAAGUCUGGGGUAAGCGUGGAGGCAGUAAGGAAGAUUUGGAACCAGCGAGCAGCUCAGUCUCAACAGGCUCCCACCUUGCCACCCAAGAGCAACAAAAACUCCCAAACCAUCCCUCCAGUCCCAAAAAGAGGCUCCCCGAAAAAGACAGGCUCUCUGGAGGAAAAAUGCAGUUCAGACAGUAAGGUUCUAACGUAUGCCAAGUUGGAACAAGCCAGGCCUCUAGAGUACAGAGAUAGCGAUGCCAGAGCUACAUGGGCUAAACACAGAGGAGCAAUGCCAGUCUAUGGCCUACCAAAUGUCACAGCCCAGGACAUGCCUGCACCAGGAAAGGGCACCAUUUAUUCCGAACUCAGCCUUUUAGACUGCAGAAGUAAAUCACUCCCCCUACUGGAGGAUAAGGUAAAGGAAGAUGUUCCAAGCAAGCCGAACACCUUCAAAGGAAAACCAUCACAGCUGUCCCCUAAACUCCAGAGAGAGAGCGCUAUGAAAACCAGCAGUCAUGAGGUGCCAAGCCACAGCCACAGUCUGGAUAAGCUCCUGGAUAAUUCUUUUUAUCAGCUAGCUGGCAUGUCUGCCAAUCAAAACGACAUCAAGCAGCAAGAGAAGAGUGAUGCUAUGUAUGCGGAAGUGCCUUGUGAACCCAGGUUAAAACAUUUUAACUUGGAGAACACUUAUGAGCAGAUUCCUGAAUCAAGGUCCACUACAAACCCAAUGGAAAACUCUGUUCAGGGAAACACGUACGAGACACUAGAAAAUUUCAAACCGAAGCCAAGCGAGUCCACAUGGGGCUUUAGGGGUGACAAAUGGAAAAGGCUGCUCCCUGAAAACUGGAAAAAAUGACAGUCUUCAGCCACUAAAUCAACUGUUCCUCAUAAGCAAGGAAAUCAUGAGAGUUACACUAAAAAGAAAAACAGUUAUUUUAUUGACCUUAUUUCUGUCAAGGCUAUUCUAAAUGCAUUCUAGUGGUUACAAUGAUGAUGUAAGGUUCUAUUCUUGUGUUCUUAACAGAUUUUAUUUCUGUUGAAUUAUUUAAAUGUGUAUGUUUAUAAUUUUUAUUUAUUAACUUAAUAAAAAAAUCGAGUUAUUCGGAAAUCACAGA